ACUCCCGGGGCCGCCUCCCACCCGCGAGCCACUCGGCGACGCGGAGCGGGCAGGCCCGGAGGACCCCGCGGGAAGGGUGAGGGGCGCGCGGUGGGGGCCGUCCCCGCCGAUUUCCGGGUGGCCGCAGCCAUGCCAGGACUGUGGAGAGCAAUUGCCCUGGAGACCCUUCUGGGCUACGUCUCUUGGUCUCUCUACCACGGACUGGGACCCAUGAUCUAUUACUUUCCCCUGCAAACGCUGGAACUCACCGGCCUGGAAUUGUUUGGCGUAGCCUUUCUCUCUCCAAUACUCUUAACAAUUCCUCCAUUCUGGAAACUCGUUCAGAGGAAAUGGACCCUUUCUCUGCUGCGGAUCAUCACUGUCGGCAGCGUAGCGUCCUUUGAGGCCCCGAAUGCCAAGCUCCGGCUGGUGGUCCUUGCCCUUGGUGUGUCUUCCUCACUGAUAGUGCAAGCCGUGACCUGGUGGUCAGGAAGUGGAUUGCAAAGGUACCUCAAACUCUGGGGGUUUAUUUUGGGACACAUUCUUCUCCUUGUCCUCCGCAUAUGGCACACCUCGUUAAACCCUAUUUGGAGUUCUCGGAUAUGCAACCGAGUGGUCUUGACACUGAGUGCCAUAGCUGUGUGCGACCGCGUUGGCGCAGACGGAGACUACAGCGCCCCUGAGGGGAAGAAGCCCAGCGAGGUGGCCAAGGGCACGGCCUCUCACUGUAGCUGGCUGUUGCCAGGAGCCGCCUUCGGGAGCCUCAUGUUCCUCACCCACUGGAUCUUUGGAGAGGUCUCGGUUGUUUCCAGAUGGGCAGUGAGUGGCCAUCCCCACCCAGGGCCGGAUCCGAUCCCUUUCGGAGGUGUGGUUCUGCUGGGCUUGGCAAGCGGACUGAUGCUUUCGGGCUCGUCAUGGCUCCAGGAGGCUGGGUUAGCCUGGUGGAUGACAGGAGCAGCUUCCGCCAUGGGGCUCCUUUACCUGCGCACGUGGGCAGCAGCUGUUUCUGGAUGUGUCCUGGCAGUCUUCACAGGGUCCGUGUGGCCUCAUGUACUUGGGCACCUCGUGAUCUCAGGGAAAAGCCCUGGGGAAGCCAUGGCCACGGGCACAGGCCUUUAUCUCUUGGAAGUAUUUUUCUGUGCCUGGUGCACAGCUUUUAAGUUUGUUCCCGGAGGUGUCUACGCUAGAGAAAGAUCGGAUGUGCUUUUGGGGACCAUAAUGGUAAUUAUUGGGUUGAGUAUGCUGUUUGGACCUAAGAAAAACCUUGACUUCAUUCUUCAAACAAAACACAGCCCUAAAGGGCUUUUGAGAAGGAGUGAGAAAUACAUGAAACUUAUUUUGUGGUUGCUUGUUGGUGUGGGGUUAUUGGGAUUAGGACUACGGCACAAAACCUAUGAGAGGAAAUUAGGCCAAGGGGUACCAACAAAAGUAGUGUCGGCUGCCAUCUGGCCUUUUAGAUUUGGAUAUGACAACGAGGGAUGGUCGAAUCUUGAGGGGUCUGCUCGGCUGCUCAAGGAGACGGGUGCAGAUUUUAUUACCAUCUUGGAAAGUGAUGCUUCUAAACCCUAUAUGGGGAACAAUGACUUAACUCUGUGGCUGGGGGAGAAGAUGGGUUUCUAUACAGAUUUUGGGCCAAGCACCAGGGAUCACACUUGGGGGAUUAUGGUGCUGUCGCGGUACCCGAUUGUGAGAUCGAAGCAUCACCUCCUUCCGUCGCCAGAGGGCGAGAUCGCACCAGCCAUAACCCUGACAGUUAACAUCUCCAGCAGACUGGUGGAUUUCGUGGUGACACAUUUUGGGAAUCACGAAGAUGACCUCGACAGGAAGCUACAGGCGAUUGCAGUUUCAAAACUGCUGAAAAACUGCUCAAACCAAGUGAUAUUUCUGGGCUAUAUCACUUCAGAGCCUGGUUCCAGAGAUUACGUACAACUCACGGAGCACGGAAACGUGAAGGAUAUUGACAGCUCAGAUCGAGACAGAUGGUGUGAGUACAUCAUGUAUCGGGGCCUGAUCAGGUUAGGUUACGCAAGAAUUUCUCAUGCUGACCUGAGUGACUCUGAGAUUCAGAUGGCCAAAUUCGGGAUCCCCGAUGAUCCUGCCAAUUACAGAGACAACCAGAAAGUGGUCAUAGACCACAAAGGGGUUCCCGAGAACAUUCACUUCAACCCCAGAUUUGGCUCUUACAAAGAAGGACACAAUCAUGAAAACAACCACCAUUUUCACAUGAAUACACCGAAAUACUUCAUCUGAACCCUUUCAUACAAAAAGUCGUCAUCAACCAGGGGAAAUGGGCAACAGCCCAAAGAAGAGUCGAAUGGAAAUGUCAGGAUACACAUGAAGAACCUAAAAAGUGUGACAUCAUGCUGUGGGAAUUCCGUCAACUCAUAAGCUAUGCUGCUUAAUAAAGGCAUCUCUCUGACUUAAUUGUUUCCAAAAAUAAAAAUAAAAAUAGAGUGUGUGAUAAUAUUAGAAAGUUAAGGUCAGGGCUGUAGUGGUAGCUCAGUGGUAGAGUGCUUGCCUGUUGUGCGUGGGGUCCUAGGUUCAAUUCCCAUCACUGCCAGAAAAUAAAAGGGGCAGAGCAAGGGAAAAAAAGAGAAACAGCUGGUUUGUGACUAUUUUAACAACUUGGGCUAGGGAGGAUGGCUCAGUGGGUAAAUCACCUGCUGUGCAUGAUGACCUGAGUGGGGAUUCCCUGCCCCUCUGUAAAAUACCAGCUGUGGCAGCACUCCUCCAUAACCCCAGUGCUGGGAAGUGACAGAGAGAGACAGGUCCCUGGGGAUUGCUCCCUGCUAAUCCAGCCAGUCAGUGAGUCCCAAGCUUGGUGACAGACCUCGCAAUAGAGAAAGAUACCUGAUGUCAACAUCUAGCUGGCCUCCACAGGUAUAGAACACACACACACACUGUACUGUAUAGAUAAAAUGAUUUUAUAUCUAUCAAUAAUCUUAGUGAAAAGACAAUAUUUCUGCAGUGUUUUCAGAUACACUCUCCAGCAUACUGUCAAAGAUGGCUGAGGAUAAACCAACAUCGACAGAAACAACACACAAGAAAAGCAGACCUAAAGAGGUUUCCAGUAUGGGAUUUACCAGGUCCAGACUAUAAAGCAACCACAAUCCCCAGGUUUAAGGACAAACCAAGCUUGGACAUUUUGGCAAGAAACUGAAAGUGUAAAGACUGACCUAACAUUGGAAAAGAGAGAAAAAGGAAUUCCAGAACCCUUUAAAGAAAUUACAACUGAAAUAAGAAAUUCACUGAAAUGAUUUGACAUCGGAAUAAGCAAAUAGUUGAGGGAAAUUUGUGAACCGGAAGAUAGGCCAGAAAAACAUAAAAACAAAACCCCACUGGGUCCAGAGGUGGAGAGACAGAAGGGCAAAACUCAGGCGCGCUGUUUAAUGUCUCCACAGACGAUACCCUGUGCUCUCUACAAGCUCUGCAUAUCAACCACUCGUUGGCGCCCUUGGAUAGCAGUGUGCCCUGUUCAAGUCGAGCACACAUCUCUAGCUACACAACGUCUGUGACACUAGUGUUACAAAAUCUUCUUCACUCGUGUGCAUUGUCCCAGCGGCUGCACCGAUGCUGGAUUCCAGGACAAAAUAAUGAUCCUGGCGGUUUGAGCGUCCAUGUGAAGGAGAGGUGGGGCCGCCCAAUUUCUUUGGCUGCAGCCCCUAUGUGGCACAGGUAUUGCGCUGCUGUGGAGACGGAGAGUCCAGCCUCCGGUAAGCUGGGGGGCUGCUACCCUGGGAACCGAUGGAGACUACCUUGGAGACAGUGGUACAGCGCUUGAGAUCAUCAGUAGGCCGCUACGAUCUGGGGGCUCGGCACACUGUCGGAGUCUACGGAGAUUAAAUAAUUUCUGUGGAAAUCUGGACGUCUGGCUAAUGAGAAUGCCAAAGCCGGUGUUCUGUGGUAGAGUCCAGGACCAUGCGUUGUUCUGGGAUGGAAUUCCUUCCCUUUGUAGAGAAGGGCAGCAUGCAGCUCAUUCCUGUUGGCUCUGCUUACGAGCAGAGCAAAACGCUAUAUAAAUAUUUCUCCAGUAUUUUUUUCCAUAAUAGAAACUUCCUAAUAAUAUCUCUGUAAACAGUUUCUAAUACUUUUGGCACGUGUCCAUUUUUUCUCUUCUUACAAAGUGCAGCUGGCUGACAAGAUGUCGCAGUUGGCUUUAUAUUUUUCUUAUAUUUAAGAUGAGCAUUACACUUGUUUCUCUUUUUUUCCUGUUCUCAUUUAUUUUUUGAUGUGCUCCUUUUAAAACUUCUAUUUUUUACUCCUUUUUUUUCUAUUGAAAUAGAACACUAGUAUAUCUUUAUGGAGUGGGUUCUCAUAGUUUGAUACAGGACUGCAAUGCAUGACAAACAAGCCAGGGGGAAAAGCACUUCUGUUACCUUGGAUGUCAAUUAUUUUUAUGUGCCAGGAAUUUUUUUUAUAGGGCAGUCAUUUGGAAGUGAUUGUAGAUUGCUUUAACCAAGAGCUACAGGGUUGUGCUAGAGAAACCCAGGCCUGCGCUUCAGUGUAUUUGGCUACUUUCUGCCUCCCUCACACUUCCUAACCUCUAAUGACCACUGCUCCACUCCAUCCUUCUGUAUGACUGAAGUUAUGGUUUUUAUUAAAUUAUUAUUUGACCGUUCAUACAUGUACAUAAUGCAGUCUGGUUAUUCUCUUUCUCCAACUCUCUCCCCACUUUUACCCAUGCCCCCGCACUGUCCCUUUUUCAGAUUCAUGGCUAUUGGUUCUU